AUGCCUCCUAAACACUCCAAUACUGGCGAGGGGCUGACAACUCGCUCGAUACUGUAUGAUAAGUAUACACCCGACAGUGCAGCUGCAGAGAUCGCUAGGAUUAGAAAUAAAUCCUGGAAAAGGGGCCAUCCCAUCGAAAGGAGGAAACCAGGACCCCCUCCACGCGAUGCAGGGCCAGGAUCAUCAAACCCUAUAGUGGAGGCGAAGGCUCACUACGGCGAUUCUAUUACAACCCCAGAGCUGGGAGAGGAGAUUGGUGACGCCGUGGUAAACGGGGAUUUUUACAUACAGUUUUGGGUUACAGUCCAUAUUAACGGUAAGCUUGCACUAAGGAAGAUCCUGCACGUCACUUCACGUAGAACUUUUGAUAUUAGGAAUUUUGAAGAGCAUUUGAUGGAGCAGAUCGAUAAAGCUGUUAAUGGCUUGGAAUUUGAAGUCGUCACGCGUAUGGCUGUUAUAAAGCAUGAUGGUGGCCGGGGAGGAUCGAAACAACAUAAUUUUGAAACUUCUCAAUUGCAGCCGCAGCGGAGGUGA